CCCUCCACUGUCCCUACGCACCCCUCCACUCUCCCUACGCAUCCCCCAUCCUCCCAUCCCUCCCGUCUAUCUACCACGCACCCGCGCCUAAGUACCAGGCUGAGGCCCCCUUCCGCUGCGCGGUGACGCAAUGGCUGGGGCUCAUAGAUUGCUUGCACCCUCUAAUAGCGUACGAACUCUGCUGGGCUCUCCUUGUCAGCACGUCAACUAUUGUGUCAAGAUCAGUGGUCAAAAUUUGCUUAACAUCCUCCUUCUUUCUUACUAUCGUUUAACCUCCGCUAACAGAAGUUGGCCUACUAGAAGAACAUCAGUUGCUACAAGCAUAGCACCUACUGAAACACAUCAGCGUCUACUGAAACAACAUCAGUGUCUAGUAGAUCGUCAACUACCAGAUUGGUCUACACUUAGAAAAGAGUAUAGACAGCACAUUAGAGACUAGAGACUAGAUCAAUAGAACUAGAUCAAUAGACAACUAGCAACUACAGUACUAGACAAUAUCAUCUAGAUCAUCGAACCAACCUGACCAUUAGCAUACUAGACCAGAUCAAUACCAUCCCACCAACUGGAU